AUGUUCAAUAAGGUGUAACCAAAAUAGGGUGCUUAGGAAACACAGAAAGUUUAAUCUAUUACAGAAGCUAUGCAAAAUUAUGAUGUUAGAUUCGCUGUUCCAGGGAGUCAGAAUCAAACAGGAUCAAUUUUGGCUAUAGAUUGUGAAAUGGUUGAAUGUGAGAAUGAGAUUGGAGCCAGCGUUUAGAUGUUGGCCCGAAUAACAGUCGUCAAUUAUAAUGGCUAUGUUGUUUUGGAUCAAUACUACAAACCAAGAUUUAAGGUGAUCAAUUACAUUACACGAAUUUCUGGAAUCACACCAUAAAUAAUUAAGGAUAAACCAGUUUACAAUGACUUUGAGAAAUUGAAGCUUUAGUUGUUAUUCAAGGAUAAAACCAUCAUUGGACAUACGCUAAAGAGUGAUUUUGAUGCAAUGGAAUUUAAUUUGGAGGAUUACCAAACCAGAGAUUUGAUGAAGGUAGACUUUUUAAAAUUGGAUGAAGGAUCAAGGUUUAAAAAAGAUGUGUUUGAACAUAGUUCUGAGGUUGAUGCAAGAGCUGCCUUAUUUAUAUUCCGAAAAUUUAGAAAUGAAAUAAAUUUGUAUUACAAACUAUUAGGUUGGGAAAAGGACAAAUAAGAAAAAUAAAAUUCAAAAAGUGCAUAAAAGAAUUAAAAAAAAUAAUUAAAAGUGCCUUUGAAGCAGUAGAGAAAUUAGAAGACUUAAAAUUCUAAAUAACAAAAUGAAAAAUUUAAGGAGGGGUUAGACACAAGGACGGUUUAAAUUUAAAAGAAGGCAAUAUCAAAAAAGAAAAGUUAAUGA